AUGGCUGUAUUAAAUUUCACUUUAAGUGAAGAAGGGGUCAGUAGACUAAGAGACGCAUUAACUUGUCUCGGUAAAUUCAGUGAAGAAGUUUCUCUUGAGGCAAGGAAGGACAAAUUUGUCUUUACCACCCUAAAUCCCUCCAGGACGGCGUAUCUGUCUUUCUCCUUCGUAGCUCAUCGAUUCUUCUCAAAAUACCAUUUUGAAGGUGUACCUCAAAACCGAGAAAGAUUCUUUUGCAAGCUUCAUAAUCGAGCAUUGCUAUCUAUUUUUAGAGCUAGAAGUGGCGACCCUUUGCAUGAUAGGGAAAAAGAUACCACCAUUGAACAUUGCGAUGUGGCAAUUGUAGACGAACCUGGCAAGAAAAGUAGAUUUAUUGCUAAGAUCGUGUUCCGUAAUGGCAUAACUACUAAAUAUCGACUACCUUUUGAACCUACUGUGCCAAUCCACGGCAAGUUUGAUAGGGACCAAGUAUCAAAUCGUUGGUCUAUACCAUCUCGGACCCUGCGUCACAUUAUGGAUUAUUUUGGUCCCGGCAUAGAAUACCUUGAUUUCCAUUCCGAGGACGAUGAGACUGUCAACUUUACUUGCUUCACCGAAAAGAUCAAGAAUGGGGAAGAAGUUUUGAAGAAGCCUCUUCACACAUCCAUUGCCGUUGAACGGGAUGAAUUUGAAGACUUUGAGGUUCAGGAGGAUAAGCUGCAUAUCGUAAUCAGCGUAAAAGAUUUCAGGGCAAUUAUCCAGCACGCAAAUUUCCUCGGCAGUCAGAUCUCGGCAUACUACUCAGUGCCGACCAAACCGCUGCAGCUAAAGUAUGAAGGCGAUGGGAUCAAAUGUGAAUUCCUUCUGAUGACGGUCGGAGAAAGGGGAGCACCCGGCCAGAAGACCAAGAAAACUCGCGGUGGCGCCAAAGGACCAAAACCGCCGCAACUUGAAGCUGCUACUAGUAGUAGGGCUACAUCGCAUGCGCCGACGCCAGCUUCAAGGAUGCCUCCUCAGCCACAAGCACCACGGCCUGAACCCGUACCUUCUCUCAGACCAUCGAUUGUUCGUCCAUCCCAGCGGCCACCUCCAGCGACAUUUGAGUCCGAGUCACUCUUCGUCCCCCAGGACGACGAGCAUCAAUGGGAUCCUGUGAAUGUUGGUGGAGAUGAGGACGAGGAAGAGAAUGCCCGAUUAGAAUGGGAUGUUAGGGGUGACUUCCAUGCACCAGCGACGAACGCGAGGUCCAUGAUGACAAAUCGGAAUACUCAGGAGUCGAGGUUCAAUGAUACUACUGAAGAUACCCCCUCGCACUUUGAACCAACUCAACGCCUUUCGCAAGUUCGGAGGUUCGGCCUCUUUGACGAUUAA